AUGCAACGCUUGCGUAUUACCGGCCUUGGUGUUCAGGAAGAAAUGAAACUGGAAAAGGAUAUCGCCAAAAUUGAGUCCUGUUGGAGACAGCAAACCGUUGAGACUGCUAAGUACAAGAAUGACGGGAGUCGUUAUGUGCUGAAAUCCAACGAUGAACUGCGAAUGCUACUGGAUGACAACCUGCUUCAGCUUCAGUCCAUGUUGGGAUCUAGAUUUGCCUCAACUGUGUUGGAAAAGAUUAGGAAGUGGGAGAAAUCGCUUAACAUCAUCCGCGAAGUCCUCGACGCGUGGCUACAAGUACAACGAAGAUGGAUGUACCUUGAUGGAAUUUUCACCGAGUCUAUCGAUAUUCGUCUACAGCUGCCUGAGGAAGCCAAGAAAUUUGAUGUUAUAAACCGACGGUUUCUAUCCAUUAUGAAGCAGACGAACGAAAAUCCAAAUGUUUUAUCUGCAUUCUGUCUUGAGAACCGGCUUGGAGAGAUGAAAAGCCUUGCGGCAGAGCUGGACAGCUGCCAGCGUUCCCUGUCUGACUAUCUAGACGCCAAGAGAAUUAUGUAUCCCAGGUUCUACUUCAUAUCUGACGAUGAACUGCUGUCAGUUCUUGGCUCUAGUGGCCACGAAGCCGUGCAACCAUUGAUGCUAAAGCUUUUCGACAACUGUAAAAAGCUGCAAAUAGAUGGCUCGGGACAGGUGACGUUUUCCUUGACACAUCAAGGAUUAUCGAUCGUCAGUCAGUCCCAUCGACCGUUGCCAAUUUUCAUGAGCAGCGACCCAGGCAGCCGAAACUUUGCGUCUUUUCAGGUAUGUGGAAUGGAGUCAGAAGAAGGCGAGGCUUACCGAUUUUACGAACCUGUAGUGACUGAAGGUCCCGCUGAGGAAUGGAUGGCAACAGUUGACGAGGCCAUGAAAGUAUCCCUUCACAGAAUAGCUAAAGAGGGUGUGUUCAUGUACGGUUGCGAGCCCAGGACGCAGUGGAUCACCGAACAGCUGGGCAUGGUGGCGUGUGUGGGUUCUCGUAUUUGGUGGACUUGGCGGGUUGAGGACGCCUUUGAGAGGAUCGAACAGGGAGACAAAAAUGCACUUCGUGAUGAGGUGGCCAUUCAGCGCCAGCAGGUCAGCACGUUGAUUGAGGUGGUGCGGAAGCCACUAGAAUACCGAGCUAGGAAGAAAGUGAACACGCUGAUUAUCUUGGACGUGCAUGCACGCGACCUUGUCGAGAAGUUUGUCCAGAAUGCGGUGUUUAGCGCGAACAGCUUUGAAUGGGAAAGCCAGCUGCGCUUCUACUGGGACAUAUCUAUAGAUGACAUUGAAAUACGGCAAUGCACUGGCAAGUUCAGAUACGGAUACGAGUACCAAGGUCUCAAUGGCCACCUGGUCAUCACCCCUCUAACCGACAGAUGUAUUAUGACUCUCACAACAGCCCUUACCUUUUCCUUGGGAGGCGCUCCGGCUGGGCCAGCUGGGACGGGCAAAACUGAAACUGUAAAGGACUUGGCCAAGUCGUUGGCAAUUCGCUGCGUGGUCCAGAACUGUGGUGAAGGUUUAGACUACAAGGCGAUGGGGACAAUUUUCUCAGGGCUUGUGCAAACUGGCUUCUGGGGUUGCUUCGAUGAAUUCAAUCGCAUCAAUCCUGAGGUGCUUUCUGUGGUAUCUGCACAAAUCAAGGCAAUCCAGACAAGCCUACAAAACGGCAAAGGUUCUGUCGAACUGCUUGGCAAGAGCCUGAAGUUUGUCCCCACAGUGGGAAUUUUCGUUACAAUGAAUCCCGGCUAUGCUGGAAGGUCUGAGCUCCCCGACAACCUUAAGGCUUUGUUCCGCCCUGCAACCAUGACCGUGCCAGAUAUGGCCAUGAUUUGCGAAAUAAUGUUGAUAUCAGAAGGUUUCCAGGAGGCGCGGAUAUUGGCUAGGAAGAUGACUGUUUUGUACAAGUUGGCUGCGGCACAAUUAUCGAAGCAGUAUUUCUACGACUUCCAACUAAGGGCACUGAAAGCCGUUCUCGUCAUUGCUGGGUCGAUGAAGCGCGAUGCACCGGACACUCCAGAUGAUUUACUUUUAAUGAGGGCCCUCCGUGACAUGAAUAUACCAAAGCUUGUAAAACCAGAUGUGCCGUUGUUCCUCGGGCUCCUGAGCGAUUUAUUCCCUAACGUGACAUGCGACCGCCUGGCGCUUCCUAAGCUAAAGGAAGCCAUUGAACAAGAACUAGAGAGCAAAGGAUUCAAGUGCCGUUCUAAGCGGGAGUUCGACAAUCAAGUCGACAAGGUCGUACAACUCUACGAGACAAUGGAAACGAGGCACUCUACAAUGGUCGUAGGGACAACGGGAGGUGGAAAAACAGUGAUAAUUGAAACCCUCGCAGCUGCGCACAAAGUGGCAUUUGACGAAGUUGUAAAGGUACUGCCUAUUAAUCCAAAAGCUCAAGGAACAGACGAGCUCUACGGCGUGCUUGAUCCUGUGUCACGAGACUGGACGGACGGUCUACUAUCCAAGAUAUUUCGGGAUGCAAAUCAGCCCUUACCCGUUGGGCGGAAGGAGAAGCGCUUCAUUUUGUUUGACGGUGAUGUGGAUGCAGUCUGGGUCGAGAGUAUGAACUCUGUCAUGGAUGACAACAAGCUUCUAACCUUGUCGAAUGGCGAACGCAUUCGCCUGGAAAAACACUGCGCACUGCUUUUUGAGGUUUCGGAUUUAAAGUAUGCAUCUCCGGCAACAGUUUCGCGUUGCGGAAUGGUGUAUGUAGACCAGCGAGACCUAGGAAGCUUUCCCUACUACGACGCUUGGGCGAGGAGCAAGUCAAGUGAGCAGCUACUUGAGGUUUUGGACUACUUGUGGGAAAAGUAUGUCCCGCAGUGUCUGGCUUUUAUUCUGCACGAUAAAGGAAGAGACGACGAGGCUCCUGUGCCUGCUAAGUGCAUAUAUCGAACGGAUGUCAGCAUGGUGGCGCAGCUAUGCAAAAUCAUGGACAUCAUGGUGCCAGAGGCUCUUUACGCGGAACCAAACCCAGAAAAGUUAGAAAACGCGUUCCUCUUUGCCUUGGUCUGGUCGCUUGGAGCAACUCUGAAGGGAGAGGAACAACCGCGGCUCGAUGUACUUUUAAAGACUCUCUCCGGAAAAGCAUCUAUUAGUCAAAGCUUAUUUGAUAGCUUUUACGAGCUGCAGUCAAACUCUUGGCUAUCAUGGGAGUCUAAGGUCCCACAGUACUGUCCCGAGGCCGGGAUAUCUUUUACAAGUAUUUUUGUCCCCACCACUGAUACAGUCCGUGCAAUGUGGCUCCUACAAGGCUUUGCUUCAAAAGCUCUUCCAACACUUUUUAUUGGGGAGUCUGGUACCGCUAAAUCUAUAAUGACGAAAAGUUGGCUGGAUACCCUUGACAAUGAGGAAUAUCUGCAACUACAAAUGAACUUCAGUAGUAGAACUAGUUCUCUUGACUUCCAAAAAGCUUUGGAAGAUAACAUUGACAAGAGAAUAGGACGAGUUUAUGGGCCCCCCUCUGGGAAAAUACUUAAGGUGUUUCUGGAUGAUCUCAACAUGCCAACGGUUGACAUUUACGGUACUCAGCAGCCUAUAGCUCUGCUCAAAUUUGUGAUGGGAAGGAUGUUCUUCUAUGAACGAGGCAAAGACCUUGAGAAGAUUAUCUUGAAGGAUGUGCAUUUUCUCGGGGCAAUGAAUCCUCCAGGAAAUGGCCGAAAUUCUGUUGACCCAAGAGCUAUUUCACAGUUCUUUUGCUUCAACAUCCAGUCCCCAUCUCAAGAGUCAGUCAAGCGAAUACUGUCUACUAUUCUAGAUUUGAAGUUUGGCUCUGAUUGUACAGCGCUUAAACCUGUGCUCACAAAGUUGCCCGCGGCCACCCUGGCUCUCUAUGAAGGUGUAGUAGAGAAGAUGAUGCGCACGCCAAAAAAAUUUCACUACAUUUUCAACAUGCGCGAUCUCUCCCGAAUUUACCAAGGGAUAUGGCAUGCGAACCUGCCUCCUUCGAUUGACGGAAAGUCAGUCCUUCGCCUUUGGAGACAUGAAAGUCUCCGAGUCUUUGAAGAUAGGCUAAUAGACGAGGAGGAAAAACAGUACCUGGAACACAUAAAGUUGAAGCAAAUUAUCGAAGACACUUUCCCAGACUGCUCGGAGCACGCUCUGAGGGAUCCUUUAGUAUGGACGGAGUUCCCCAGCGCCCUUAAGCUCCUAGAAGCUGAAGAGAAGGCUGACUCUCCGAAUAGAUCCUACGACGAUCACGCUUCUUUUGAAGAAAUCCGGCCUUUGCUCGAGCGCCUCUUGGAGCUUCACAAUUUCGAUCGGAAGCCCAUGCACUUAGUUAUGUUUGAGGAUGUCAUCGCGCACCUGGCGAGGGUUCACAGAAUAAUUCGAAUGGAAAGAGGCCAUGGACUGCUAGUUGGAAUGGGCGGCUCUGGCAAGCGCAGUGUUGCCACUCUAGCAAUAUACAUUUCUGGGUAUAAUCACUUUUCUCUUUCACCAAUGCGUUCCUACGGAGAAGCAGAUCUAAAAGAGGACCUUCGUCAACUGAUAACGCUGGCGGUCAAAGAGCGGCAAUGCCUCCUAUUUUCGGACGCGGAUAUCAAGCUCGAAUGUUUUCUCGAAUACAUAAACAACCUCCUAACAGUUGGAAUGGUUCCCGCCCUUUUCGCUGAUGACCAGAAGGAUGCCCUUAUUGCUGCUAUUAGGGGGGCCGCCAAGGAAGACGGCGCUCGAGAGGAUGCUCUGUGGAAUUAUGCAAUGAACAGAGCGAAAGGCAACAUGCACGUUCUUCUAGCAAUGUCGCCGUCUGGAGACGCACUGCGGAAUCGUUGUCGCAACUUCCCAGGCCUCGUAUCCUGCACCAGUGUGGACUGGUUUCAACCGUGGCCAGUAUCGGCACUUGCCGCGGUUGCAACGGUACUUCUGCAAAACGAAGACCUUCCGAAAGAGCACCGAACGGUUAUAGAGGAACAUGUCGUCAAGAUACACGACAGUGUAACCACAAUCUAUGCCCCAGAGUUCGAGGCAAAACUUGGUCGUGCAACCUUCUCCACUCCAAAAAACUAUCUUGACUUCCUCAAGACAUAUAAGGGCAUGCUGCGGGCAAAGCGUUCCAGCAUUGACCAGCUCAGCACACGCCUAGAAGGAGGACUCCAGAAAAUGAAUAGCGCAGCGGAAUCCAUCAAGAUAAUGAAUACACAAGUCGCGGCAAAAAAAAUCGUAGUGGACGAGAAGAAGCGAAGCAUAGAGGAGCUCAUCCGUAGCAUAAAUGAGAAAAGUGCCAAGGCCAGUCAGAGGAAGGAAGAGGCGCGCGCUACCGAGCGUCAAAUAUCUCAGGAUCAAGUUACUAUAAACCAAGAAAAGGCCAGCGCAGACGAGGCGUUAGCUGAGGCGAUUCCAGCGUUAGAGGCUGCAGCAAGAGCGCUUGAAAACCUUGACAAGAAAGAUAUCACGGAGAUUAAAGCAUUCAUGACUCCGCCGAAGCCCGUCAUGAAUGUUUGCAUGUGUGUCGUGGUGCUACGACCCCUUGGUAAAGAAAAUGAGGCCGACGGAUGGAACGGUGCCAAGGCCAUGUUAAAUGAUGUCAAUUUCCUCAAGAGCCUCGUAGAAUAUCCAAAGGAUAACAUCUCUGACCGGCAAGUGAAAAAGGUGAUGGAAUACUUCAACAAGGAUCCGGACUCAUUUACGAGCGAAAAAAUGUCCAAGAUUUCGAAGGCAGGGAACGGUCUGUUGACGUGGGUCAAAGCAAUGCUUCAGUACCAUGAGGUUGCAAAAGGGGUCGAGCCAAAAAGACGACUUGUUGCAGAGCUACAACAGAAACAAGAUGAGGCAGAAGCCAACUUGACGAAAAUCAGGGAAGAACUCCGUCUUCUGGAGGAACAGAUGGCUGAAUUAAUGUCCGAACAGAAGAAACAGACGGAGACUUCACGCGAGGUGGAAGCUGAAGCAAAGUUGAUGGAACGCAGACUUGAAGCAGCAUGCAAGCUGAUCGACGGACUUGAGUCGGAAAGACGCCGCUGGACAGAAGAUCAUGAGGCGUGCAGCGACACGCGCACCCGGCUUGUUGGAAGCUGUUUAAUCGGUGCAGCAUUCCUCUCAUACGCUGGACCGUAUACCCUCGAGUUUAGAAAUCGUAUGGUUUAUGAGCACUGGGCAUUGGGUGUCAAAGAAUCAGGCAUCCCCAUAAAUGACCCGUUCAAGAUUGAAGGACUGCUCACGAGUGACGCAGAUAUCGCCAAGUGGAAUAAAGAAGGCCUACCCGCUAACGAAAUGUCCAUUCAAAAUGGCAUACUGACCACCAUGUCUUCUCGUUGGCCCCUCUGCAUAGAUCCUCAAAUGCAGGCGGUGAAGUGGAUUCAACACCGCGAGGAGGAACGCAGUCUUGUGACGAAGACCUUUACAGACGAUUACAUGAAGUACCUGGAACUCGCCAUUCAAUACGGCAAACCGUUUCUCUUUGAAUCGGUUGAAACCGAGAUUGAUCCAUCAAUCGAUCCUAUCUUAGAACGAAACCUAACCAUACAGAAUGGGCAGAAGGUCGUAACAAUGAGUGGACUCGCGGAGCAAAUGCUGGCAAUAGUCGUCGGCAACGAAGUGCCCGAGUUAGAAAGUCAGCGUCAAGAGCUUGUACAACGCAUGAGCGAGGGCCGUCUAAUGUUGAAGAAACGUCAGGAGUUUUAUAGUGUCGCAAAGCGAGGAAGUGUCGUCUAUUUCAGCAUGGAUGGAAUGCGAAACCUUUCGCCAAUGCUGGAAUACUCUCUCGAUGCGUUCCUCCACACAUUCCGAGUAGCUCUGCGGGAAGCACGGCAAGAUAGAAUACUAGAGAACCGAUUAAAGAGCCUUGUUGACAAGGUUACGCAACUGUCAUAUGAUUACAUAAGCCUUGGUCUAUUUGAAAGUCAGAGGCUUAUUUUCGCAUUCCAUCUGACCACAAUGAUCAUGCGACAUGACGGAAAACUUCCUGAAGAAGAGCUGGACUUCUUUCUGAAGGGGAGUACCACUAUUUCGGAAGGGGAGACGAAGCCUGAGGCACUCAGCUGGAUACCAGACAGUGGAUGGAAUGAUCUGUUUAAGUUAAGCGCGGUCAGCCCCGCUUUCCAGGGACUGCGGGAGAGUGUCCUCGCCGAACCUCAAGCAUGGAAAGAGUGGGCAGAAGAUGACUGGGCCGAAAAAGCUGACAUGCCUGGCCAGUGGAACCGAGUAUUAUCUCCCUUCCAAAAGUUGAUAGUUGUCCGCGUGUUCCGUGUGGAUCGAGUCCACAAUGCCAUUAAAAAUUUUAUUCAGUGGAGACUAAAUGAGCACUACGUGCAGUCACCGACGCUUCAGGGUGAUUCCGCAGAUAUGAAGAAACCACACAAAGGAUUCCGGCUGUGGCUGACUACGCAGCCAACCCAAGAAUUCCCGCUGAGUAUCCUGCAGGCUUCCCUGAAGGUGGUGACAGAACCCCCCGACGGCCUACGGGCUAACCUACAAACCUCGUAUUCCCUAUUUCGAGAAGACGCGUUUGAGCAGUGCGCGCAUCCAGCGUAUCCCACACUUGUGUAUACGUUGAGCUUCUUCCACGCGGUUGUCCAGGAGAGGCGUAAGUACGGGAAAAUAGGGUGGAACGUACCUUACGACUUCAAUGAGUCUGACCUUUCGAUAUCGCUCAGUCUUGUGAAAAUGUAUUUGAGUAAAUCUUUGAAAAGUCCUGAGGGUCUCCCUUCAGAAGGGGGAAGUCAAUCUGCGGAACUGCAGCCCGGUGGUACUUCACCAACGGCAUCAGAAAUUCCAUGGGAAACGCUAAGGUAUUUGAUUGGGGAGGCAAUGUACGGCGGCCGUGUGACUGAUGACUUUGAUCGACGUGUGCUUGCAACAUACUUAGAGGAGUAUUUGGGGGAGUUCGUUUUCGAUAGCUACCGGCAGUUUUCUUUCUGCAAGCUGCCCAUCAGCUAUGGGCUACCGCCUGACAGCUCGACUGCAGGACACAUCGAAUUCAUUAAGGUAUUUGCCACAACACUUCGCUGUAUCUGCACGAUAUGCACUUUUCUGGCAAGCAACACCCCGGAAGUAUUUGGCCUUCACACCAACGCAGAAAUCGGUUAUUUCGUAGAGAACGCAAAAAGCAUUUGGCACGGACUUUUGAAAAUCAACAUUGCGAAUUCCUCUGGAAAUACCAGUGACUCGGGUGUCGGCAAUCUCAAAGAAGAAGCUCUGGUGGCAACUAUUUCAGAAAUACUCGGCAAAUUACCUGAGAAGGGCCUCUACAUGACGGCUGGUUCCGAAACGCCAACGCCUAUACAGGUUGUCCUGGCUCAGGUAUCCCCGAGAGAUCUUGAUGCUUUGGCCUUGUCGCUGCAAGCAGGCUUUUUGCCGACAGAGUGGCGCGCGCUAUCACCACCCAGCUUGAAACCUCUAGGCUCCUGGCUUUCGCACCUGAUGCGACGGAUCGAUCAGUACACUGCGUGGAUAGCACAGGCAAGGGGAAGCCUCACAUGCUACUGGCUUGGAGGGCUGCAUAUGCCAGACUCGUUUCUGACUGCUCUUAUUCAAGUUACGAGCCGCAAAAAGGAAAUAGCUCUAGACAAGCUAGUGCUUUCGACAGAAGUUACUCAGUUUACUGCAUCGUCACAGAUUGAGGAGAGCCUGGAACACGGCGCCUAUUUAGAAGGAAUGUAUAUUGAGGGUGCUCGAUGGGACGGCUUCUCGGGUCUCUUGGCUCCGCAAACACCUCGGAAGUUGUUUGAAGAAAUGCCUCUCGUUAAAGUAAUUCCUAUCGAGUCAAACCGCAUGAACAUCCGCAACCUGCUGCGUACUCCCGUGUACGCCACAGAAGGCCGCCGAAACGCUAUGGGCGAAGGUUGGGUCUUUGACGCCUGGUUGCCUUUUUCUGAGCACGCCUCUUUCUGGGUGUUAUCAGGGACUGCCCUGGUGCUGCAAACAAGUGACUAG